AUGAUUCCAUUGUCCAACAUAAAUUAAACUUGAUUUGGUUUGUUAAUUUCGGCCCGUUAUCUUAAUUCACCUGAUCUGAACAAAGGCUGCAACGAAAGUAACGUUUGGAAGCAGAGGUUGAGCAAAGAGAAGGAGGGAAGAAAAUGGCCGCACCUGUGCGUCUUCAAGUCCUCAUCCUGUUGUCAUUAGCUACAAAUGUCUGGCUUGAGCAAACCUGUGAGAAGGGCGCCGUCCACUCCUGUAAUGACUGUAUCAAAUCUGGGGCAUUCUGCUCUUGGUGCAAAUCAGUGAAUUUCACAAACCAAGGAGAACCUGAUGCAACGCGCUGUGACACCAAGGCAAAGCUAAAGGAAAGAGGCUGCAAUGACAUUAUCUCUCCAGAAAACUCCAAAGGAAACACAAAAACAAGACCACUGAUGGGCCCUACUCAAACCACCGACGCCGUCCAGAUCUUUCCUCAAGAGGUUGAUCUGAAACUUCGACCUGGCCUCCCAGAGAAGAUUACACUCACGUUUAAAAGAGCAGAGGGCUACCCAGUGGAUCUCUACUACUUAAUGGAUCUCUCUUACUCCAUGGUGGAUGACCUGCAACGAUUAAAAACUCUGGGAAAAGACUUAGUGGAAGUACUACGAAAAAUAACCGGUGGCAAUGACAAAGCAAGAAUUGGUUUUGGCUCAUUUGUUGACAAGACUGUGCUGCCAUUCACAAACACUAACAAAGAAAAACUUAAGAAUCCUUGCCCAACGAACGAAAAGGAGAAAGUGGCCUGUCAACCACCAUUUGGUUUCAAACACGUUCUCGCCCUGACGAAUAACUACCAGUCAUUCAAUACAAAGGUAUCUGAACAGCACAUCUCUGGAAAUCUCGACACUCCUGAAGGAGGUAUGGACGCCAUCAUGCAGGCUGCCAUGUGCGAGAGAGACAUUGGCUGGGGAAAUGCCACUCGUUUGCUAGUUCUAGCAACCGAUGCUGGAUUCCAUAUGGCUGGUGAUGGGAAACUGGCCGCUAUUCUGGAACCAAAUGAUGAAGCAUGCCACUUGGACCAGAAUUUGUACAGCAAAAGUAAUUUACUGGACUAUCCAUCUGUUGGUCAAAUUGCAAGGACCUUACAGAAGAAAAACAUUCAGCCUAUUUUUGCUGUCACAAGCACUGUGAAAGGAGUGUAUGAUGAACUGAGCAAAAUGAUCCCAAAGUCUGUUGUGGGAGAACUGACCAAAGAUUCAUCGAAUGUGGUGGAACUAAUCAAGGAUGCAUACAAUAAACUCUCCUCUAAAGUUAUUGUGACCCAUGAUGUACUGCCAGACAAGGUCAAGGUCACAUACACCUCAAGUUGUCCAAAGGGGAAUACGCCAGGUGACGAGGGCAUCUGUGAUGACGUGAAGCUUGGCCAAGAGGUUCAGUUCUUUGUUGAAGUGACAGCACAAGAAUGUAUGGACAACGUUGACUUCUAUGUCGGCCCAAGGGGCUUCACUGAAAAAAUGAAGGUGACCAUUUCAACUCGCUGUGAAUGUGAAUGUGAUGACCCUCCGUCUUUCAAUGAUCCACACUGUAAUUCUGAAGGAGCUAUCAAAUGUGGAACAUGCAAAUGUAAUCCAGGUUUUACAGGCCAGAAGUGCAAAUGCAAACAGGGGGACAAGAAUGACGCAGACCUGAGGCAACAGUGCCGUGGCGACAACAGCACUGAGUGUGGGGGUCGUGGGGACUGUGUGUGUGGAGAGUGUCAGUGCCACAAAAGCCCGAAUGGGAACCCAUACUAUAGAAAAUACUGUGAGUGUGUCGACGAGGGCUGCCAGAUGCACAACAACAAGGAGUGUUCAGGUAAUGGUGACUGUAAAUGUGGAACAUGCAAGUGUCAUGACGGUUAUGAUGGCGAUGCCUGCCACUGCAAAAAGUCAAAUGAAGGCUGCCGAACUGGAGGCAGCAUCUGCCAUGGCCGUGGGGACUGCCAAUGCGGCAACUGCAAGUGCAAUGGGGGCUACCAGCCACCCUUCUGCCUGGAAUGCCAGGCCUGCACGCUGCCCUGUCAGCAGUCAGCGAAUUGUAUUGAGUGCCUUGGCUUUGAUGGUGGUCCAUACGCCAAAACCUGCACCACUAACUGCAAGCACCUCAAGUACGAGAUGGUGCCAAGACUGUCACUCAACACACAGACCAAGAAGUGUGAAGUAAGAGACUCCCAAAAUUGUUGGCUUGAGUUCACCAUGGAGGAACUGAUUGGAAUGAACAACUAUUCUGUUCAGAUACUUCAGGACAGAAGGUGCCCCGAACCACCACCCAUCCCUGCCAUUGUAGCUGGGUCUGUUGCUGGAGUGGCCCUCAUUGGACUCCUGAUUCUGCUCAUCAUUAAGGCUCUGCUGUAUGCAAGAGACUUAAAAGAAUGGAAGAAGUUUGAGAAUGAGAAGAAGAAAAGCAAAUGGAGCAAUGCUGACAAUCCCUUAUUUAAGGAGGCAACAACUACAGUGACAAAUCCUACAUUCUCUGGAGAGUGAUCUCAAACAUACAUACUGUACUCUACCACUGAGGAUAAAAAGGAUACGACUGCUUAUAUUUCUGUUGAAGUGUGUGAGUAUGCACAGGCACUGCUGUUGUAUACAAUUUGCCAAUGUAGCACAGAGGUGGUUCCCUGGACAUAGGCCUAUAUCAAGGGACACUCUGGCUAUAUAUGCUUUUAUACUUCUAUUAUGUCUUAGUGCAGAGACUAUAGUGCUUUCUGGAAUCAGGAAAUUGUUGUGUAUAUUAUGAAAAAGUAUUUUAGCCUAGCUGUUUAUUCUUUAAUAUGGUUUUGUAAAAGUGUUUAUAUUUAAAUAUUCUGGUGAUAUUGUGUCAAAACAUAAUUCAAAGAGGUUCUGAAGACAAUUGAUUUAUGUAUAUUUUGCCAACAGUUCAGGAAUGUGUUGCUUUUAUGAAUUUGCUUUGAGUUAUAUUCAACAUUUCUUUUAGACAAGGUCUUUAUUUUAGUCUAAUUCAUUUUGAACCAAACCAAGAAUACUCUCAGUGUGGUUGUUAUUAUCGUCUUGUUGACUUUAUUAUGGUCGUGUUGAGUAGUAAAAGUGGUGUAUUUGUAAAAUCAAUCAAAAACAUGAAAUUGUGUGUAUAUGGUGCAUGUAAACGGCUAAGACUGAAAACAGUUGCAUCCUAAAGCCCAAUCUGAAUAAAUGUGUUCCACACAGA